GAUCAUCCAAUUGGGAAUUAUGUUAUGUAUGAAGGGUUAUUACCAUCUUACAGAGCAUUUGCUACUUCUCUUGAUGAUACUCAGGUUCCCAACACAAUACAAGAGGCAUUCAAAAUUUUAGAAUGGAAGAAGGUAGUACAAGAUGAGAUUGAUGCACUUGAGAAGAAUAGGACGUGGACUAUCACAGAUUUGCCGGUUGGGAAGAGGCCCAUGGGGUGCAAGUGGGUUUACACAAUCCUAUGGGAUAGACUAUCAGGAGACUUUGCUCCUGUUGCAAAACUGAACACUAUCAGGAUUCUUCUCUCAUUGGCUGUCAAUCAAGAUUGGUGCUUGCAACAACUGGACAUAAAAAAUGCGUUUCUAAAUGGUGACCUAGAAGAGGAAGUCUACAUGAAAAUACCACCUAGUUUCGAAGGAAGUAUGGUAAAGAAUCAGAAAUACAUACUCGAUCUUCUUAAGGAGACCGGUAUGCUUGGAUGCAAACCAAUUGAUACUCCUAUGGAUAGUCAGAAGAAACUUGGUAUCGAGAAAGAAAGUACACCGGUAGACAGGGGGAGAUAUCAGCGGCUCGUCGGGCGCUUGAUUUAUCUCUCACACACUCGGCCAGAUAUUGGCUUUGCAGUGAGUACUGUAAGUCAAUUCAUGCACAGCCCCACUGAGGAACACAUGGAAGCAGUCUACAGGAUUCUUAGAUAUUUAAAAAUGACACCAGGGAAAGGUCUAUUCUUCAGAAAG